UUAGUUUAUUCUCUUUUUUGUUCCAAGCGUUCUUUGUUCUUCUUCUCCGUUUUGUUCUCACUAGGGUUUUCUCAAUUUCGCAGCAACAUUACGGUUCCUAAUCACAAUUCACUGUCAUUUCUGUUGAAUUCUUGUUCGAAUUCCCCCGAUCUGCGUAAAUUAGGGUUUUUGCAUGAGUCCUCCAGCUGAAAUUGACAUGGAAGAUAUCAAACCCUCUGUUACACUGGUUGAUAAUGGUGAACAAGCUGAGUCUCGGUUUUCUGAGUUCUGCAAGAAUGAGCUAGCAUUGGAAGAGAAAAGCUGUAAAGAAGCAAUGGAUCUGUUUGGAGAAACCAAACAUCUUCUAAUUGCAAAUGUUUCGUCAUUGGGGAAUGGAACGUCAGAAGACGCAGAGCGGCUCUGGUUUGCUUUUAUUUUAUACUCUAUCAAGAGAUUGAUUCAGAAAAAUGAGGAAAAUGUGAAUGAAGAGACCAAGAAUACUGGGCUUACCUUGUGUCGAAUAUUGAGAGCAGCUAAGCUUAACAUUGCAGAUUUUUUUAAAGAACUUCCUCAGUUUAUUGUUAAAGCUGGUCCAAUUUUAAGCAAUCUAUAUGGCACAGAUUGGGAAAACAAGCUUGAGGCAAAGGAGAUGCAUGCCAACACUAUUCACUUGAAGAUUCUUAGCAAGUAUUAUAAACGUGUAUUUGAAGAGUUUUUUGUGUCAACUGAUGCAAAUGUUGGAAAUAAUUCAUCUGUUACUGUUCAUGCGUCUGAAUACCAUCGCUUUGGAUGGUUACUUUUCUUGGCACUUCGUGUUCACGCUUUCAGCCGUUUCAAAGACUUGGUGACUUGCACCAAUGGUUUAAUUUCUAUCUUGGCUAUCCUAAUUAUUCAUGUUCCGACUCGUUUUCGGAAUUUCAACAUUCACGACUCUUCGCGCUUCGUUAAGAGAAGUAGCAAAGGUGUGGACCUUCUUGCUUCACUUUGCAACACAUAUAACACUUCAGAAGACGAGUUGAGGAAAACCAUGGAGAAAGCCAAUAAUUUAAUAGCUGAUAUACUGAAGAAGAAACCCUGUUUGGCAUCUGAGUGCGAAACUGAAAACCUAGAGAAUUUUGAUAAAGAUGGUUUAACUUAUUUUAAAGAUCUGAUGGAGGAAUCAUCUCUGCCAUCUAAUUUGAAUAUCUUAGAGAAUGAUUAUGAUCACAUGACUCGCAACAAGGGUGAACUUGAUGAAAGAUUAUUCAUUAACGAAGAUGACAGCCUGCUAGUUUCAGGAAGUUUGUCUGGAGGUUCUGUUUCUGCAGGAGGUGUAAAGAGGAAGUUUGAUUUGAUGACAUCACCUGUUAAGACCUUUGCAAGUCCACUUUCACCCCGUCGCUCUCCUGCAUCCCAUGCUCAUAGCAUUCCUGGUAGCGCAAAUUCAAAGAUGGGUGCCACCCCUGUAAGCACAGCAAUGACUACUGCAAAGUGGCUCCGUACCGUCAUUUCUCCACUUCCAUCAAAGCCCUCGCAAGACCUAGAGCGAUUCUUGACAUCAUGUGACAAGGAUGUCACAAGCGAUGUAGUACGCAGAGCACAGAUUAUGUUGCAGGCUAUAUUUCCUAGUAGUCCCCUCGGGGAGAGAUGCGUAUCUGGAAGCCUGCACAGUGCUAACCUCAUGGACAAUAUAUGGGCAGAACAACGAAGAUUAGAAGCGCUGAAGUUAUACUAUAGGGUAUUGGAAGCAAUGUGCAGAGCAGAAGCCCAGAUGCUUCAUGCAACUAAUUUAACUUCACUGUUAACGAAUGAGAGGUUCCAUAGGUGUAUGCUCGCUUGUUCUGCAGAAUUAGUCCUGGCAACUCACAAGACUGUAACAAUGUUGUUCCCUGCUGUACUGGAGAGGACGGGAAUUACAGCUUUCGAUCUUAGCAAGGUGAUUGAAAGUUUCAUUAGACAUGAAGAAUCUCUUCCGAGAGAAUUGAGGCGACAUCUCAAUUCGUUGGAGGAGCGACUUUUGGAGAGCAUGGUAUGGGAAAAGGGCUCUUCAAUGUAUAAUUCAUUGGCAGUUGCUAGACCUGCCCUUUCUUCAGAAAUCAGUCGACUUGGUCUGUUAGCUGAACCAAUGCCAUCACUAGAUGAAAUCGCAAUGCAUAUUAACUUCUCGUGUGGAGGACUGCCACCUGUGCCUUUGUUGCCUAAGCCUGAGGCUCUGCCAACUCAGAAUGGUGACACCAGAUCACCAAAGCGGCUCUGUACAGAGCAACGCAAUGUGCUAGUGGAACGGAAUUCUUUUACUUCACCAGUGAAAGAUCGGCUUCUUCCCUUCAGCAACCUUAAGUCAAAAUUACCCCCGCCACCUUUGCAGUCGGCAUUUGCCAGUCCAACAAAGCCAAAUCCAGGAGGUGGAGGGGAAACAUGUGCAGAAACUGGGAUCAGCAUAUUUUUUAGCAAGAUCGUUAAGUUGGGAGCAGUCAGAAUAAGUGGAAUGGUUGAAAGGCUACAAUUGUCUCAGCAGAUAAGGGAGAAUGUAUACUGUCUUUUCCAGCGAAUCCUAAAUCAAUGGACAUCUCUCUUCUUCAACCGCCAUAUUGACCAAAUCAUUUUGUGUUGCUUCUAUGGAGUUGCAAAGAUUUCACAACUGAACCUAACUUUUAGGGAGAUUAUAUACAACUACAGAAAGCAACCACAAUGCAAACCGCAAGUUUUCCGUAGUGUAUUUGUCGACUGGUCAUCGGCACGCCGUAAUGGGGCAUCAUGUAGACAAAGAGCAGGACAGGAUCAAAUUGAUAUCAUUUCAUUUUACAAUGAAGUUUUCAUUCCCUCUGUAAAGCCACUGCUGGUUGAACUUGGCCCUGGUGGAUCAACUAUGAGAAGUGAUCGAGUAGCUGAAGCUACCAAUAAAAACGACGGUCAUUUAGCAAAUGGUCCCGGAUCGCCUAGAAUAUCACCUUUUCCAAGCCUUCCUGAUAUGUCACCUAAAAAAGUAUCUGCCACACACAAUGUGUACGUCUCUCCGUUACGAUCAUCCAAGAUGGACGCCCUAAUUUCACAUAGCUCCAAAAGCUAUUAUGCAUGUGUUGGAGAGAGCACUCAUGCCUAUCAGAGCCCUUCAAAAGAUCUGACCGCCAUAAACAAUCGUUUAAAUGGCAACAGGAAAGUAAGAGGGCCUCUCAAUUUUGACGACGUCGAUGUUGGCUUGGUUAGCGACUCUAUGGUAGCAAACAGCCUGUAUCUGCAGAAUGGAAGUAGCGCGUCGUCAUCGGGUGCACCAUUGAAGUCUGAGCAACCUGACUCUUAAAUUCAAUGAUGUGUACAUUCUACUUCAUGUCUCUUUUCUGAUAUAGUUUGAGUUCAUAGACUAGCUGGUGGUUUUUAAGACGGGGGCUAUGUAUGAGCGGUGAGAUUUGUACAAUGCCGCCUCUAACCCCUUCGUACUUUUUUUCUUUUAUGUUAGGUAUUUAGUGCAAAUUGCAGGUCUUACUUACUCUUCAAAUCAACUAAUAAUCAAUAAAGUGUUUUGCUUUUGUAGCUUAA